CACACAUUUACGAAGUACUUAUACAUUAUAUUAUCUGUGAUUGUAUUGCUUAUGUAUAUUUUUCGUCUACGACAGCCAUGCAGGCGAUCUCUGUUAUAUUUUUAUUUAAUUAAAUAGUAAAAAAAUACCAGUAAUGGAACAGACAAAAGCUAAUUCGCCUAGACUUUUUGUGUGCACCGCUAUAGAAAACAAGGAUGAAAUAGAAGAGAGAUAUGAAAGGGCUUAUAACUUUUUUCAAUCACUCGUGGCGGACUGCAGUGAAAAAGAAGCUCACGACGCCCUUAACAAUGCUGUAUGUAAAAAUCAUGAAGACGUGUCACUUGGUAUGCUCAUGUCCAUACUCACAGAACCGCACAAUGCGACAAAGUGUUACCGGGACCUAACCCUCGUCACGCGAGAUGGGCUAACAUGUGUACUUAAUAACUUAUCUAAUUUGAUUUUAGAGAGGUAUUUAAAAUUCCAAGAUACUACUCGUAAUCAAUUGCUAUGGCUUUUGAAAGAAAUGAUAAGAAAUGCAGUGAAUGGUGUUGAUAGUGUUUGUUGGAACUUAAUGCGUUAUGCUUCUGGUGGAGAUGUUACUCCUAAAAACAUUUUCUUAGUGGAAUCUCUUUUAGAUAUUUUUAUUGACAAUCGAAUGUGGCUGGAUAAGUAUCCUGUACUUGUGUGUAUGGUUGUAUAUACAUAUUUAAGAUUGAUAGAAGACCAUAAUAUACCACAGUUAAUGACGCUAAGGCAAAGGGAAGUCAAUUUUGUUAUUGCGCUCAUUCGAGAGCACUUUAAUGAAGUUUUAACGCUUGGUAGAGACUUAGUGAGAUUAUUACAAAAUGUUGCUCGUAUUCCUGAAUUUAACCAACUAUGGCAAGACAUUUUGAUAAACCCAAAAACGUUAUCACCUACAUUCACAAAUGUCAUGCAACUCUUGCAAAUUCGGACUUCGAGGAGAUAUUUACAAUCCAGAUUAACACCUGAAAUGGAACGUAAGUUAGUCUUCUUGACGUCUCAAGUUAGAUUUGGUCAUCAUAAAAAGUACCAAGAGUGGUUUCAAAGGCAAUAUUUAGCUACACCAGAAUCUCAAACACUAAGGAGUGAUAUGAUUCGCUUCAUAGUCGGUGUCAUACAUCCAACUAAUGAACUACUUUGUUCAGAUAUCAUUCCAAGAUGGGCUGUGAUUGGAUGGCUCUUAACUACCUGCACAUCAAAUGUUGCUGCAUCAAAUGCCAAAUUGGCUUUAUUUUAUGAUUGGCUUUUCUAUGACCCUGAAAAAGACAAUAUUAUGAACAUCGAACCAGCUAUACUUGUAAUGCAUCAUUCAAUGAGAUCACACCCUGCAGUUACAGCAACAUUACUGGACUUUCUUUGUCGUAUCAUUCCCAACUUUUACCCUGCUUUUGCUGACAAAGUUAAGCAAGGGAUAUUUAAUUCUUUACAACAAAUAAUUGAAAAAAGAGUGUUACCAAAUUUGCAGCCUUUAUUUGAUUCACCUAAAUUAGACAGAGAAUUACGCACAACAGUAAGAGACACUUUCAAAGAAUUUUGUAGUAAUGGAAAUGGAGAGGGUGUAUCUGGUAUUCGAGAAGACGGAAAUGAGGAUUUACCACGAGGAGGUCCGGAUGAACCAGCGUUCUCUGACGAUGAAGAUGAACCUCAACCAAAUAUAGCAGAGGACACUGAUGACGAUGAUUUACCAUUAUCUGAAGUACGAGCGCGUGAAAGACCUGAAUUAGCAGCUGCUUUGCCACUUAUAUUACGACCAUUUGCCGAAACAUUAUUAGAUGAUCGAUCGUCUUCUGCGGCAACAGCGCUGCUCAAUGCCUGUACUACUCCCAUGCCAACGCCGAUCGCUCUCGCUGACUUAUUUGCGGCGACCUUACAGGACGCAUCGCCUUUACGAAUAACACGCAAUCCAUCUCCAUCGGAACUAGAACAGACACUGAACUCCCCUAUAUUUUCAUUGUUUAACUGUCUGCAUAGCAGUGAAGUGACUGAGGUGAAACGUAAAUUGAUCUUAGAGACAUUAAAGGAAAUUUAUGUGCAGAGUUCUGUUCAGAAUGUGGGUUAUUGUUUAUUAUUUUAUUUAAAAGUUUGUUUUGAAAGAGAAAGACGGGCUGAACGUGAUCCAGUUAAAAAAAGGAAUGUCAAAUUUAAAGCUGAUGUAUAUAAAGAUUAUUGUAGUUUUUUAGAGUUAAAAAUUGCUGAGAGCUUGGCGGAUGAUUUUGAAAAGUGUCAAGAGAGUGAUGCUAAUGUGCUUGUGUGGUUAAUACCAGAUGUUUAUAGAGAAUUUAAAGAUCAAGUUCAAAACCACAUCAGACUAUUGCACAUUAUUGUUUCUACAUUAGAUGCAGGACAGUUGCAGCGUCUUGUGUGCCUCACAUUACAGGGAAAUUUAAUGAUGUUCAAAUCAGACGAUAUAACAACAAUGCUUUCUACAAGUUUGAGUUGGGAGACAUUUGAACAGUAUUGCCUAUGGCAACUUUUAACGGCUCAUGAAAUAUCAGUAGAAGAUGUAUUACCUAUUAUUCCUAAAUUAUCAUAUAAGGAUCAUGCUGAAGCAUUGACAUCAGUACUUUUAAUGUUGAAGCAGGAACGUCCCACUGGAGAUGUUCUCAGACAAAUGUUUUGCAGAGCUAUUGAUGAAGAGGACACAUUUGUUGUCUCAACUGUGAUGUACUGGUGUCAGGACUACGAAGACAAGGUUGCAGAUCUGUUAGCAGUACUGUUAAGCACAAGGUAUCCAGGCACCAGUCCCAAUAAGAGAAAACGUCCUGGAAAACACAACAUUCCACCCAAUGCACCACCGUCUGCAGAACUAGUUUUAGGUCAUUUAGAGCAAAUAAGAAUAUGCUGUGUUGAUCAAGAUGAUAUGUCAAUUUUUAACAUGGAAUGUUUGCAAAAAGCCUUACAGCAGUCACAGUCCAAUAGUAGUGAUAGUUUAAAGAGACAAUAUAAUGAACUAUUUUUAUUAGCAUGGGAGGAUGAACUUCCGAUUUCCAGAAGAGCCAGAAAACUUGUUUCAAAUUCGUUGCCAAUGAACCCUAACUUACAUUCAUCAAAUGAAGAUAGUGAGGAAGAGGAAAUCGUUAAACCGAAACAAGCGAAACGUCGAAAGAAGGCUAUAUCAGAUAGCGAUUGACAUAUCUCAUCGAAAAAGUAUGGUAAUUUUAAACACCAAAGUGCAACUCAACAAUACAAUAAAUAUAAAUAUGAUUAAUACAUAUAAAUGUUUGUUACCUUAUGUUUCCCAGGGAUGCGAUUCUAAGAAUAGUACCUUACUACUGUCGUAUUAUUUCGAUUAGAUAAUUUUAUGUAAACUACAUAAUAUUACUAUGUAAUAUUACUGUUAUUUUUGAAAUUAUAAUUUGCCACAAUUAAGUGUUAUGUUAAUAAAGUGUAGGUACAUAAUUUUAUUAGUUUAUCGAAUGUUUGGAAAAAAUGAAAGAUGUCCAAAAAAUAUCAACUUCAAUUGGUACACUCAGUGAUCUAUCAUUGAAAUAAAUGCACAACUAUAAAGAAAUCUGGUGAUGGACAACAUUAUUUUAAGUAUUUCCUUUGUAAAUUCUGUAGUAAUAGUAUAAAUAAAUACACUAUUGUUAUACUUUGUUUAGCCACACAUACUAUCUAUGUUGGACUUAUUUUAAUUAUAAGGUAUGUGACCAAGAAUUAUAUUCAAAAGAUAUAUUGUAUUGAUGCAAUUUUCUAAAUACAUUUUACACUAGGAUCAAUAAAGUAUUGCCCCUAAACAAACUUUCAUUUAAUA